AUGGCCUAUGAUCAGUACGUGGCCAUCUGUCACCCUCUCCACUACAGCACCAUCAUGGGACAGGGGCUGUGCACCUUACUAGUAACUGUAUCCUGGAUUCUUUCCUGCACCAAUGCCCUGUGUCACACCCUCCUCCUGACCCAGCUGUCCUUUUGUGCUGACCACACUAUCCCCCAUUUCUUCUGUGACCUUGGUGCCCUGCUGAAGCUUUCCUGCUCAGACACAUCCCUCAAUAAGCUGGCCAUUUUCACAGCAGGAGUGGCCGUCAUCAUCCUCCCACUAGUGUACAUCCUGAUCUCUUAUGGAUGCUUUGGGGCCACCAUCCUGAAGGUCCCCUCCGCCAAGGGGAUCUGCAAAGCAUUGUCCACAUGUGGCUCCCACCUCUCUGUGGUGUCUCUGUAUUAUAGAACAAUUAUUGGGCUGUAUAUCUUCCCCUCAUCCAGCACGUCCGGGGACAAGAUCACCAUUGCCUCUGUGAUGUACACAGUGGUCACUCCACUGCUGAACCCCUUCAUUUAUAGCCUAAGGAACAGGGACAUGAUGGGGGCCCUGGAGAGACUCUUGCACAGGGCAAAAGUCUUAUCUCAAUGA